AAUUAUUUUAGUUUGUGUUUAACCGUGCCCGAAUAUGUCUCUGUUCAACUGGUCGCGAAGGAACGCUUUCAAACUCCAAGCGCUGCAAAGAAGGUACCAGCAAACGCAGGCGAACGUUCAAAGCAAUUCGUCCCAAUUAUUUACGAUAACCGGCCCGGCUUUUACAAAUGCACCAGGUUACGCCGACCGUGUCGCAUUGCGCGAUAAAAUUGGAAGUUACACUUUCACUAAUUUAUUUAUAAGUGCUAAUGAACUUUCAAAGGAGAUCACGAAGCUGGUCAAUGGGAAGACCAAAGAGAGGGUCAUGUUUUUGUGUCCGAACAAUGCAAACUAUGUUAUCACUUUAUGGGCCAUUUGGAUGUCUGGACAGAUAGCCGUUCCUUUGUCGCCACUCCACCCCAAAAACAUUCUCCUGUACUACGCAAGUGACACGAAUUCAUCCCUACUCAUAACUACUAGCGAAUAUGCAGAUUUAAUGCAAAAAGUGUCGCGCAAUUCUCAAACUCCAUUGCACGUGCUGGACAACAAGCUUCAAUUAAACUGCAUCCAAAAUUUAGUUAAAGGCGAAACUGAUUUCUCCCUAGGACUACCACCCUCCUUUUAUGACACCAAUAAUGCACUCAUCUUGUACACCAGCGGCACAACUGGAAAUCCAAAAGGUGUGGUAUUGUCGCAUAAGAACUUAAAUUUUCAAGUGUCAACAUUGUUGGAUGCUUGGAAAUGGUCAUCUAAUGACGUUCUUCUUCAUACUCUACCAUUACACCACGUUCAUGGCAUCGUAAAUGCGCUUUUGUGUCCUUUGUAUAUCGGAGCCAAGACAAUCAUGCUGGAAAAAUUCAAUGCCAACAUGGUGUGGUCCUACUUACUUGGAGUCGGACAAGUGAAGGAAGAUCGUAAAAUAAGUGUCUAUAUGGCAGUGCCCACAAUUUACUCCAAGCUCAUGGACGAAUACGACAAAGUAUUUUACAAGGAUCCAAAAAUGGUUGAACAUAUCAAAAACAUUCUAAAAACAAAGAUUAGAUUAAUGGUCAGUGGAAGUGCGCCUUUACCAGCACCCAUUCAUGAGAAAUGGUUCAAAAUCUCCGGACACAAACUUUUAGAACGUUACGGUAUGACCGAAAUUGGUAUGUGCCUUUCCAAUGAAUAUGAAUCUGAUAGGGAGCCGGGAUACGUUGGUGUUCCUUUACCGGGAGUCUCCAUUAAACUGACUAGUGUGGAUAAUGGUUCGAAAGAUCUGCUGGAGGCUACCAACAAAAACGGCCAAAUACAGGUCAACAACAUUGUUAAAGAAGGAAAUCCUUCAGGGGAACUUCUUGUUAAAAGUGAUGGAGUUUUUCAAGAAUACUUCAAGAGACCCGAGGCAACAAAGGCUGAAUUCGCGGACGGUUGGUUUAAAACUGGUGACAUUUGCGAAUAUUCGUCGGAAAAGAAGAAAUUCAAAAUAUUAGGAAGAAAAAGUGUGGACAUUAUAAAGUCGGGCGGUUACAAAUUGAGCGCUCUUCAAAUAGAAACAGAACUUUUAACAAAUCCUUUAAUAAAAGACGUCGCAGUGGUUGGUAUCGCAGAUCCAGAAUGGGGUGAACGUGUUGCAGCUAUCAUAGUCCCUGAACAAGGGGCAGAAAUGUCUUUAGAAAGUUUGUCCACUUGGGCAAAAACAAAAUUGCCCAAGUAUUCUAUACCUUCAGUUUUAAAAAUUGUUAACACUAUCCCGAAAAAUGCCAUGGGAAAAAUCAACAAGAAGGAACUCGUCAAGACUUUAUUUUAGUUAUUUGUUUUAGAUUUAAAUAAUGUUUAAAAAAGACUGUUAUUUGCCAAGUUUUAUUUUGAAUGAUCAACAAGUAUUAUUUAAAUACGUUUUAACGCUUUGUAUAUAUUGUGCUAAAAUAAAAUUAUGAGAAAAUA